CCAUUGAUUUCCGAGAAACAUGUUCGAUGCAUAAUCACACACAGCAAGCACCCAUUACACCACCAGAGAAGGACCUUCCAUCUAACACUCGUAUUUCAUUCUCCCAUCUCCCCUUUCACUCUCUCUCUGAGAUCAGAGAUGGAGACGGCAAAACGACUCGCUGUUCUGGCCAUCGCGUUGGUGAUUCUCGCUGUGGCAACGAGUGCGCAGAGUGAUGACUCAGACACGAAGACGCUGGUUAAGUAUAAGCACGGAAAGAAGUACUGUAAAAAAGGGUGGGAAUGUGCUGAUUGGUCUAUUUACUGUUGUAAUCUCACUAUCUCCGAUUAUUUCCAAACCUACCAGUUCGAGAAUCUCUUCUCCAAACGAAACACGCCGGUGGCGCAUGCCGUUGGUUUCUGGGACUACCGCUCUUUCAUCAUCGCCGCGGCGCUUUAUGAACCAUUGGGUUUUGGCACCACCGGAAACAAGACUAUGCAGAUGAAGGAGAUUGCCGCUUUCCUCGGACAUGUUGGAAGCAAGACCACUUGUGGUUAUGGAGUGGCUACUGGAGGACCUUUGGCUUGGGGUCUUUGUUACAAUCAUGAAAUGAGUCCUAGUCAGUCAUACUGUGAUGACUAUUUCAAAUUAACAUACCCCUGCGCUCCUGGUGCCGACUACUAUGGACGUGGAGCCAUUCCAAUUUACUGGAACUAUAAUUAUGGUGCUAUUGGAGAACUUUUGAAGGUGGAUCUACUCAGCCAUCCAGAAUACAUUGAGCAGAAUGCAACCCUUGCUUUCCAGGCUGCAAUAGUGAGAUGGAUGACACCAAUCAAAAAGGAUCAGCCCUCUGCUCACGACGCCUUUGUUGGUAACUGGAAGCCUACCAAGAAUGAUACGAUGGAGAAACGGCUUCCUGGUUUUGGCACUACAAUGAACAUUCUCUAUGGAGACGGUGUUUGUGGACAAGGUGAUGUGGACUCAAUGAACAACAUCGUUUCUCAUUACCAAUAUUAUCUGGACCUUCUAGGUGUUGGCCGAGAAGAAGCUGGGCCCCAUGAAUUACUUACAUGUGCUGAACAGGUGCCUUUCAACCCAUCUUCCAAAGCUGCAUCAUCAUCUUAGAUAAUGUUUAUUAGCAUAUGAUAUUGUUGUGCCAAUCCCUUUAAAAGUGGUAAGUUAAUAAGGGUUCUAAAAAUUAUUGGUAUGCAAUAAUUUUGAACUGUGUGACAGUGUGCGGAUUCUUUAUAGUUUUUCUUCGUUGUUGUGUAGAAGUGAAGUCAUUUGUAAUGUCACAAGUGAAAAAUCUGUAUCUGGUAUAUAUUUACGUUAUGGGCGAUUUUGUUAUAAUAUACAUCAUUCCUUGGUUGUAAUGUACAUUUGAAUAUGUUUCAUUCAACAAAAUGUAUUCCCCUCGUCUUCUAGGUGUU